GGGGAGGUUUAAUAGUAUCAGCCAUGGCCACUUCCCAUGUAAUAACCUUUGGACUACUAAUCGUCGACUGAUCUUCAACGGCGCUCUCAAGACUUACGGCCGAGGGGAAGGUUUCGAGGCCUUUUGCCUAUGUCUCUCGACCACGAUAUCCAGAAUCGCCAGGAAACGCCCGAGACAGAAACGGAGAUUCUUUCAAGAUGAGGAUCCCGCCCAUCGAUGUGCUCAUCCAUUGGCCGCGGCCAAAUUAUAUCAACCCGGAGAACCGGGGGCCGGGGCUGCUCAUCAUCGAGAUGGUUUUCUUAGGCAUCGCCUUGAUAUGCCUCUGCCUGCGGAUGUACAUCAGGAUUGUCAAGAUUCGACAGACAUGGUGGGAUGACUGGCUUAUGGUCGCUGGCAUGAUAUUCUGCAUCGGUGUCACGAUUUGCGUCAUUCUCGCCACUGAAUUAUACGGUUGGAACCUACAUGUGUGGGAUGUUCCACUGUCACUGAUCAAGCAAAGUCGACAGAUCUCCAUGGCCGCGCAGACCCUCUUCCUCUUCGCCUCCGGGUUGUCCAAGCUCUCGAUUCUUGCCAGCUACCUUAGACUUGCGGCACCGGGAACGUGGUUCCAACGGCUUACUUGGGUGACUGGCGGCCUCGUCUUCACCCUUGUCUGGGUCUUUCUCAUUGUGCUCUGGACCCAAUGCAUGCCGAUAUGGCACUACUGGACCCUCUUCGCCGAUUGGGGAAACUGCAUUCCCGAAUGGCCGCCCCUGGCAGGCCAAGGCAUCACAAACGUCCUCACCGACAUCGCCGUCUACCUCCUCCCGAUGCCGACCCUCUUCCGCCUCCAGAUGCCCCUAACCCAGCGCAUCAGUCUCAUCAUCCUCUUCGGCCUCGGCACCGUUGUCGUGCUCGCGGGCAUCAUGCGCACGUACUGGGUCAUCCGCGUCGAGGUCUUGUAUGUGGAGGAUCCCUCGUACGAUCUCACGUGGGACGGGUUCAAUAUCUGGGUGUGGACCGCGCUAGAGGCGAAUCUGGCGAUUGUGUGCGGGUGUGCGCCGACGCUGCGAAGGUUGUUUACGGGUGGUGGUAAGGAUCAGACGCCCAAAGUGCAUAGUUCGAUUCAGACGAUUGGGAGCUCGGGGAUGAAGAGGAGGAAGCAUCGGUCGCUGGGCACGGGGCUGGGGCGGGAGGAUGAUAUUGAGGAGCAUGGGUUGACGAUGUUUGAGUCGAGGGGGACGGCUUCGGGGAAUAAGUCGGUGGAGAUUCAUGAGCAUACGCAUUCAAGUCAUUCAUGA